GGCCUGCCCCGCCGCUUCCCGCCGCCGCUUCCGCGAGUGCGCGAGCGGGCGGAAGUGCGGGCGGCGCCGGCAGCGGCCAUGGCGGAGAAGUUCGACUCGCUGGAGGAGCACCUGGAGAAGUUCGUGGAGAACAUCCGCCAGCUCGGCAUCAUCGUCAGCGACUUCCAGCCCAGCAGCCAGACUGGCCUCAACCAGAAAUUGAAUUUCAUGGUCACAGGCCUGCAGGAUAUCGACAAAUGCCGGCAGCAGCUGCACGAUAUCAGCGUGCCUUUGGAAGUGUUUGAAUACAUAGAUCAAGGCCGCAAUCCCCAGCUUUACACUAAGGAGUGUCUGGAGCGAGCUUUGGCUAAAAAUGAGCAAGUAAAAGGGAAAAUUGACACAAUGAAGAAAUUCAAAAGUCUGUUAAUUCAAGAACUGACAAAGGUCUUCCCAGAAGAUAUGGCAAAGUACAAAGCUAUUCGAGGAGAAGAUCCUCCUCCUUAAUCUGGCCUUAGCUCUAAAAGUAUCAGUACUAUGAACUGACACCACUCUGAAAACAUUGAUUGAAGAGAGGAGGAGUUCAAGCUGUGAUCUUGUCACAACAACUGUACUAAAAUGACAGUAAUGGACCGUAGGAAUGAGCUCUUCAGCAGCUGCAAUACCCUGACUCUCUUCAAUAGCCUUCAGGUCUGUCACUCCUGGUAUGGACCGUCAUGACCAGAACUCAGCUCCGGCAAUCUUACUACUUACUCCUCACUUAAGAGCUACUCUUUGAGGGCAUAAUUUCUCAGCUGUGGCUAAGGCUGCUGCUGGGGUCAUGGUGAGUCCCCCAAACCUAGAUUUUUUUCAUGAGGAUUAAGGCAUUGUUAGGCAAUUCUCAGAAUAAGAUGAAGCACCAGUGUGUCUGAUGCAUCUGUUACAUAGUAUUCAAAAGAGAGUUUCUUGAUUCAAAAAGUGUUUUGAAGCUGAGCUUUUUGGGUUUUGUUGACUGGCCUUUCUAAUUCAAUUGGUUGAUAAAGUAGUGCUAAGUGGUUUGAUGAUUUCCCAAGUAUUUUUUAGUGUUUUUAUACGUUGCUUUCUUUGGCAAAUGCAGUUCCUAAGUGAUUGAAAGUGCUUAUUGUAUGUUGCCAAUAAAGUUACCCCAAGUACUCUGUAA